ACUGCAUUUUUAAAAAAAAAUAAAUAAAGUGUAUAAUCAUAAUUUCAUUACCAUAUAAAAUUUUUAAUCCUGAUCAUUCUUGAUAUUCCAUUUGUCAAUUCAACUCAUUUUAAAUAAUUCUCUAAAAAUUAGAAAGUCACUAUUGACUUUUAAUAUUUCCUAUAUAUUAUCAAAUGGAUAUAACUAAAGAAACGCCUCAGGAAAUGGAAAGGCGGUAUCAAGUUAAAGAAGUCAAGCCUCUUAAAGCUCACGGGAUGACAACUAUGUUAGCCGUUUCGGUGGCCGUCAUAGCUUUAAGUUCUUUUCAAUUCGGGUACAGUAUAGGAGUUGUCAAUGCGCCGGAACUUAUUUUACGGGAAUGGUACUCUGGGAUUUACCGAGAUAGACAUGGCCGAAAUUUGUCAUCUACUCAUUUAACUAUCUUAUGGGGGAUUACGGUAUCCAUAUUUGCUAUCAGUGGUAUGAUCGGCGGUCUUCUAUCUGGUUAUUUUUGCGAUCGAUUUGGGAGAAAAGGAUGCUUAUUGCUCAACAAUGGUACAGCUUUUUUGGCGGCUAUAUUAAUGGGGUGUGCCAGGGCAGGUCAUUCCUAUGAAAUGAUCAUUAUUGGACGUUUGAUUAUAGGAUUCAAUUGCGGUGUGACAUCUGGCGCGGUCCCUAUGUACUUAGCAGAAAUAUCUCCUGUAUCCUUAAGAGGAGCCACCGGGGCUGUCCAUCAGUUAGCAAUUACUAUAUCCAUUCUGUUUUCACAAAUAUUGGGAUUGCCCCAACUUUUGGGUAACGUUUACCAUUGGCCCAUACUUUUGGCUUUUACCGCGAUUCCGGCGGCUAUUCAAUGCUUACUGUUGCCUCUUAUGCCCGAAAGUCCGCGAUAUUUGCUUAUUAGCAAGAAUGACGAAAUAAGAGCAAGAUAUGCUCUUUCCAAGCUCCGUAAAACUAACGACGUUACGGACGAGAUUGAUCAGAUGAAGAGUGAAGCCGAGGAGCAGAAACGUCUUCCGCCAGUUACCUGGAAAGAUAUGUUUACAAAACCAGUUUAUCGCAAGCCACUCAUUAUCGCAUCUGAAACUCACAUUUCACAGCAACUUAGUGGAAUUAAUGCUGCUAUGUUUUUUUCAACGGGCAUCUUUAUAAGUGCAGGUCUGCGUAACGACCAUGCCGUUUACGCGACUUGCGGUAUGGGAGCCAUCAAUGUACUUAUGACCCUUCUGUCAAUGGCCAUUAUCGAGAAAGCCGGCCGACGUACCUUGUAUCUUUUGGGACUAGCCGGCAUGUGGCUUUGCAGCAUUUUACUUACUAUUACCUUGGUUCUAGGAUCCAAAUACAGAGCCAAUCAAACCAAAGUCCAUCCUAAUGCGUCUUACUUCUCUGUGGCUCUCGUAAUUGUGUUUGUAUGCUUUUUCGCCAUUGGACCUGGUGUCAUUGCGUGGUUCAUCUCGGCCGAGCUCUUUACUCAAGCACCCAGACCUAAGGCAAUGAGUAUAUCGGUUAUAUUCAAUUGGUUUGGAAACUUUUUAGUUGGUCUGCUAUUUCCUGUGGCUCACAAAUAUCUGCAUAAUUACGUGUUUUUGGUUUUUACUGUUUUACUCGUCUUUUUCUGGUUGUACACUUACAAAUUUUUGCCAGAGACUAAAAACAAAACUUCCGAGGAAUUGAGCCGUUUGUUUAUGACCGACGAAGAAAAAUUUACCCAAGAUAAUGCCGCGCAAAGAGGUAUUUGAAGAACGAAAAUUCCUGAAAGCUUUAUCAUUUAAUUCAAAAUUUUAAUAUAAUAACGUUUUUAUCUCAUUUUUCUUUAAUUUACAAAAGGCAGGUCUUGUUGAUUAAAAAAUCAAAAUUACUUAUUUUUUUUAUAAAAUGGUUUGCUGAGACAUAAAUUAUGAGGGUAUUUUUUUUCUGUUGGUACAUUUUUUUUUAAAAUCAUUUUAAAUAAAUUUUCUUUUGCUGAAUUAAAAUUUUUAGUCUAGAAAUUUUGCAAUCAUGUAUAUUGUUUCAAAAAAAAUUAUUAAUAUAAUUUUAUACUUAAAUUUUUUAUUUGGCAUGAAUCAACAUCGUUCGCCUUAUUUCUUUAUACGUUUAUUACUUUUGCAAUAUUGUAUCUUAUCUAUCAAUCAUUAUUUAUUGUAGGAAAAAUCCAUAUAAUAUUAUUAUUUAAUCUUAUAUUUUUUUACAAUUACUAUCCUGAUUAUAUGUAUAAACCCCCACCCGUCUUAUGAUAUAUAUGAUUAAAAACAUUUAUGUCACAUAAAUUUUUUAGUCCUACUUUAUAUUAUACGUGAUUAUAAAAUAUUUAAUAUUGUGUAAUAAAUAUAAAGGUAUAUUGAUA